UCGCAAACUUAAAGAGUGCAAUUCUGAUUGGAAGCCGAAUAGGCGUAUACUCACGUCUGAUGUUAAACAAAACAGAAGAGAGAGAGAGAGAGAGCUGGAACGAAAAGAAAAGGAAUCAGAUUGCUCCUUUGGACCGGCAAUGGAGCAAUGUGAUUGAUUGAUUUUAGUUGCUGGCUCUCCGAACAAGAUAACAUUCUGCGAUUUCGCAGAAUUAUUGUAAAAUUAGCCGAUACACCAUUUUGCAAUUUUUUUUUUCUUUCUAGUGCAAACGUGGGUUCUAAGUUUAGAUGUCCUGGGGCCCGUUUCUCCUGAAAAGUUUUCGCACCCGGAAAGCCAUAACAAAAUCUCAAACUUUAUGAUUACAGAGCGGUUUUAUUCACACAUUUUUCAUGUGAAGAGAGGUUCCCUUCUUACAAGAAGUUUCAGGCCUAUACGCUUCUCUAUUUUUAGUCACAGAUAAACUAAAAAUGGCUCUAUUUCAACGGUGAUACGCUCCAAAGUGCACUUCCCCAACACCGCGCUGCCCCCUCCCCUCCCCUCUCCCGCUUCCCACGCAGUUUCUUGUACCCGGAAGCUAGGCAACAUACCGAGAAAUCCCUGGAAACAAGGAAGCCUUCUCUUCGUGAUAUCGUGUUAGGCUCGAAGAAUGGAUUAUCCACUACACUGCGAAGUAACGUUAAAUAGUAGUCUUGAAAUUGUAGAAAACUGCUUAAAAGGUGGAGAAGACCCCAACAGCAGAGAUGACUAUGGAAGUACGCCACUUCAUUGUGUCAACUAUUACGACGAGGAGGCGUACAAAAUGGUCCAACUUCUUCUGGAUCACGGAGCAGAUAUGUUCUGCAGAGAUGGUCUUGGCAGACUACCAUUUCAACAUGCGUUAGACCAUGCCAACACAAAGGCAUGCCAGACAUUCAUAGACUGGGGAUUUUCCCUACAGAAGUCUGAUCGCAUGCUAAAUGGCACUUACGAGUUGCUAAACAAUGUUGAACUGUUUCAACUUGAGGCGAUCGAGGUGUUGCAAGUUCUGGUCGACCUCGGCGUCGACUUAUGUGCAGCACUAUCUUCAAGAGGUGAAAACCUUCUUCACAAAGCGAUUGAAUCGGGUGCUAACAUAGAAACUGUUCAGUUUCUGAUAGAAGCUGGAAUCUCGGUGAACAGCAAGGAUUCUCUUGGAAUGACACCUUUGCAUAUGUUGUGGUUCUUACACUGUUCUCCCUUGGAUCGGGACAAUGCAGAGAAAUCAAGACAUUCACAAUUCGUGAAACUAUUCGUAAACGAAGGCUACGACGUUAACAGUCAAGACUUUUUCGGACGGGCACUCUUACAUUACCUUGUGGCUGAAUUACGACAAAGGUCUCUCCUGCAGUUGAUCAUAAGCCAUGGUGCUGAUGUAAACAUCAAGGACAGAAAUGGAGUUGCCCCCUUACAUUUGGCUUGUUCUUUGAAAAAUACAUCAAAUUUAGAGGAAAUAAUUGAGAAUGACAACUGUCUUGUUGACCGCGAGGACAACAGUGGUGCAACUGUAUUUCACUACACUGUUUUCAGCAAUAAUCAAGCAGCAUUAAAAUGUUUAUUGACUAAGUGCGACUCUUGCUUGGCUGCAAAACCAGAUCACUCUGGCAGAACACCACUUCAAUUGGCCAGAUACUUUGGAUAUGUACAGCUAAUUAAUCUCUUCCAGAACUAUUUUCAGUCGGUGAAUAGAGAUCUUGAACUAGAAAGCCUACCUAAUGUUUUUCCAUUAAACGAUGAAUGUGAUCAUGUCAAGAUGCAAGAAGAGGUUGAAAACAUGCAAUCUGAAGACUUCUGCUUAAACAGUGACCCCAACAGAUCACUUCAGAAGCUACUGAAGUCACCUGUGAUUGGCAAACUACCUGAAAUUGCAGAGGCAUCUGAGGUCAAGUUGGCCGUAAGCAAAGUUAUUGAGCGAGUGGCAGGAAAAGUUUCCAAAGCCUUCCCUCUGUUUACAUUUAAGCCUGAAAUUUCAGGCAGUGUGAGCGAAGGGACCAAAUGUGGAUUUCCCGAGGAGUUUGACUUCAUGUGUACAAUGGUGAAACUUUGCGAGUGUUUUCAAGAGCCAAAUGUGGCUUCCAGUCCACCCAUGUUUUGCCAGUUACAUUUAAAACCUGAUUUUUGCCUCCCAGAUCACAAACUUUUGCAAUAUAUGGACAAAGAUAACAGUUUGCGAAGUUCGAAACUGAUUAAUGACUUCAGUGAUCAACUUACCAGAGCCUUUCUGGAAAGGGAAAUUUGGGAAGAUAUCUUGACACUAGUCCCUGUAAGUGUUUGCUUAAUGGCAGCUAAUGCAACAAAGAUUACACUCAAAUGGCAUGGACAUGUUUACAAGGACAUGGUGAUUAAUGUAGAUAUUGUCCCAGCAUUGCACUUUCCCUGCUUUUGGCCCUCAAAUGUCUCUGAAGCAGCACUGUUUAACUCCCAGGUGAAGAGCAAAGGAGUUCAUGUUGUCAUGGCCUUGCACGGAGAAAGGUUCUUUAAAAGUGGAGAAAAGCACUUUCGUCUUUCCUUCUCUCUGGCUGAAACUGAACUCUUCCAGUCCCUUCCUGGGCAUGUUCGCCAGGGAUACAUUCUUGCAAAGGCAGUGAGAAGUCCUUAUGUGUGUUCGCAAAUUGUACCAAGUAACACAGUGUUGGAAAAUCCAAGUGCUUCUGAGAAGGUCCAUGACUGUGACAGUGAGGAACCAACAGACAUGGAAACAGAUUUUACAUGGCCAGAGGAUAAUGUCGUCGCAGCAGAGAAAGUUAUAUCCAGUUACUUUUUAAAAAAUGCACUAUUCAUAUUGGUGAAUAAAUCCUGUCUGAAAGAAAUUGACCUGGAUAUACAAAACACAUCUGAAGACCAAGUUGUUAUUUGGGCAAGACACAUCUAUGAUUUCCUUGAAAACUGUCUUCAACAGGAAAAGUUGCCAUCCUUCUUUGUGCCUGGCAUAAACUUGCUGGAAAAGAACUACGACUCGGAACAGCAUGAGAAAGUGUUUUUCGGUGGAUUGGAAUUUCAGCCCAUGGAUGAAGAUCUAAUGCAAGACUUGGAUGAUGCAUUAGAGGGUACAACAACCGACGUGAGAUAUUUAAGAAAACCCUUUGUGAAAAUGUUGAAGGGAAUUCUUCAUUCCCAUUGAUAGAAACAUUGUGUGCGCUCAAACUAAAACUAGGAGCUCAAGUGACUAUGCAUUAAAAGCCUCUGCAGGCAACAAAGUAUUGUUGCUUGCUGAAACACUGUUUCUCAAAAUAGUUUUCCUGGCAUGCAAACUGUGAAAGAGUUGCUGCAGAAGACAAAUGUUUCAGAAAUAAUUCAAAAACAUUUUUCUACUUCUUAGAAACAAAAUUUGCUUCUGCAAAAUAAUGUUGUGUGAAUGCAAAUGAGGAAACAUUUAGGGAAGUUAUAUUUCCGCAACAUCAUCUCUUAGUUUACAGGUGCCUAAUGACCAUACACAGGAGGCAUGGCUGAAAUCUCGGUUCUGAAAAUUCCACUCAUUAUUUACCAUUGUUAAAACUAGCAUAACUCAGAUGUUUCUAACAUUCAAUAUUGCCACCAACUGAUUGUUGUAAAACAUGGCAGAAUGGUAAUUAAAAACAUCAGGCUCUCGAUA